AUGACGGUCUCCUACAAUCUGGACGUCUCGUCGACGUCCCUUGUCGCGUUCCUCAAGCUACAGUUACGGUGGAGGGGGUCCGUGUGGAAGUCCGUCAUAAAAGAGCUCUUCCUCUUUUCUGCCUUGUUUGCAUUCGUCACAUUCAUCUAUAGAACCAAUUUGUUCUUGUCAGCAAAGCAGAGAUUGUGAGUUUUGUUAGUGUGUUAAUAGUUCAAGUUCUCUGAACCAGUUUUCGUUCAGAUUCUGGGACAACUUCGCUGCGCUCUUCGACCAGAAACUCGACUACAUUCCACUCACUUUCAUGCUCGGCUUCUUUGUCACAAUCAUCGUCAGCCGCUGGAAUGAUAUAUUCUUGAAUAUUGGAUGGGUUGACAAGUAAGCGAGUCGGUUCGAUUGUUCCCAUCAAAAAAGGUUAGGGGAGUUACAGUACGGCGCUGAUGAUCGCCACGUACGUCCGCGGAAACGACGAGAAGAGUCGGAUGCUAAGACGAACGGCGCUUCGGUACAUGGUGCUGACGCAAGUGAUCAUCUUCCGCGACAUUAGCAUGCGAGUCAGGCGCAGAUUUCCAAAUCUGGAAACAGUCGUGGCCGCCGGAUUCAUGCUGGACGCCGAGCGGGAGAAAUACGAAUCGCUGAAGCUCAACUUCAACAAAUACUUCAUUCCCAUCCAAUGGUGCUACUCGCUACUCUACGAAGCCCGCGCUCAGGGAAAGAUCGGAGCCGAUGUGAUGCUGAACGAAGUCAUCAAAAGUGUCUCGGACUUCCGCCGCGGACUCGCUCAACUGUGCAACUUCGACUGGGUGCCGAUUCCUCUCGUCUACCCGCAAGUUGUCUUCCUGGCCGUUCGCAUCUACUUCUUUCUCUGCCUCAUCGCUCGCCAAUCUGUGCUCAUUGACGGAGAACCGCCGAAAGACGAUCAUCCGGUUUAUCCGCUUGUUCCGUUUCUGAUGACGUCACUCCAAUUCAUAUUCUACGUGGGGUGGAUGAAAGUGGCGGAGAGUCUCAUGAAUCCGCUGGGCGAUGACGACGACGAUUUCGAGUGCAACUUCUUGCUCGACAGGAAUUUGGCGGUGAGAACUUUUCCUGAGAACGCAAACAAAACGCUGUUUCUCCAGACAGGAUUGGCGAUUGUCGAUGAGUGCUACAACGACUCGCCGCCACUUCAGAAGGACGUCUUCUGGAGUGCAGAUGUCGUCGAGCCCCUCUAUUCGGCAGACACGGCCGAUAUUCCCAUCAAUCCACAAAUUGGAUCAGCCGCCGCCUAUGAGUGCGAAUCUUUCAUAGUUUCAACUCUAUCGUUCACAUUCCAGAACAAAAGAAGACGAGAUUAUCAUGCGCCCGCACAUGGAUGCCAACGAUGAGUACGACGAAGGCGCAGAAGACGUCGAAGGUCGGCCACGACUCUUGCCACGUGUCAUUUCCGUGGUGUCUGUGAAUCGAAACUGCGAAAGUCGAACGAGUUUGGUCAGCCGAAGGAAUCACGGAGGAGGAAUGUUCGAAAGAUUGAGGAGCACUUUCGGAGGUUCGUCACGGAAAAUCAACAGACCCGGACGGUUAUUCGACUCUUCGACAUGCUCGAUCAACACUGCAAUCGGAGACGUGAGCUUUUUUCUUUGAAGUGUUUAGUGGACGUUUUGAGAACAUUGUUAUUUAGAUUCUCCUCACAAUCAGACGGAGUCAAAGUGUUUCAGUUUCAGAACGGAAGUCUAACGAGCAUUUUGGACGGCCUGGUCGAGGAUACACCGAAAGCUUCGCAAGGGCUUCUAACUCCUGAAGACUUCACCGGCUCACCGCCACGUCACACUCCGAUUGACGUGCUCUCGUCGGUUCCAGAAGAGGACGAAGAUUCGCAGAAGACGAGGACGCAGGACGACUAUAAACGGUGGAUGCAGCAGCACGCGGAGAUGAAGAAGGAGAACAAGGAGCCGAAGGAUUCAGAAGAGAAAAAAGACGACAACUGA